AUGGAGUUGGCUAAUAAGAGCAACAUUCAAGAGUUCAUUUUGCUGGGCUUUGGAGGUGAGCCACAGAUACAUCACCUGCUCAUUAUUUUUUUUGUUGUUCUCUACAUCCUGACUUUGACAGAGAACAUCAUAAUUAUCAUCCUGGUGUCCCUAGAUUCCCACCUGGCCCGGCUUCCGAUGUACAUCUUGCUGAGCCACUUUUCCUGGCUGGAGAUGUGUUAUGUGAGCACAACCAUGCCCCGUAUGCUUUAUGACCUGGUAACUUCAAAGGGGAACAUCUCUUUCCAUGUCUGCUUCCUCCAGUUCUACAUCUUCUUCUCACUCGGCAGCACAGAAUGCUUCUUCCUCUCAGCUAUGGCUUUGGAUCGCUACUUGGCCAUCUGCCAUCCAUUGCGUUACCUGCAACUAAUGUCCAAAAAUAUCUGCUAUGCCCUGGUGGCUACUUGUUGGGUCCUUGGCUUUCUGUGGUACAUUGUCCCUGUGAUACUAAUGUCCAAGUUGUCCUUCUGUGGCUCAAACAUCAUCAACCAUUUACUAUGUGAUCCUGGACCAAUUCUAUCCUUGGCAUGUCCACCAUUAGGAAAGACUCCUUUUAUUUGUCAAGUGUUUAUGAACACUGUGGUUAUAGUCAACCUCCUCUUUGUCGUGCUUUCUUACAGCAUAGUGAUUCUCACACGGAUGCAAAAAUCUAGCCAAAAUAGCCUUAGGAAGACUUUCUCCACCAUCUCGUUCCAUCUUGUGGUGGUCACACUUUUCUAUGGGUCAGUGGCAGGGGUUUACUUAACUCCCAGAGGAGAAAGUCGAUCAGAUAUCACUAAGCUAGUAACAAUCUUCUACACCACCAUUACCCCCUUUCUAAAUCCCUUGAUUUACUGCCUGAGGAAUGGCCAGGUGAAAGAGGCCUUGGGCAGGUUGCUGAAAAGAAAAGUGAGAUUUACGUAA